AUGAAGCUGCCUGGGAUACAGCCGGACGGAAACCGCAUCGGAGAGCUUCGGCUCGGUAGCAAGGAGCUCCUGGAGCGGGGAGCGGGCAGAGACCCGCUGCCCAUCGGCCAAACUAACCAGGGCGGCCGCACCGGCUUGCCCGAAGCCUUCGUAGCGCGGUGUCCCCACGUCUGCCCGCCCGGUCACAGCGAGCACCACGGCUCCCGCCCGCUGUGUGACCCACCACCCCAGCCACGGAGCCUCCUUCCUGCGGCUGCCGGCUGCUGCCGGGGUAGGACGGCCCGCCGCGGCACCGUGGCCGCCCGUGGUGCCGAGCAGAGCACGGUGCGCCCCGGCGGCGGCGGUAUCGGCCCGAGCGCCCACAGCCGCGGGGAGGAGAGGCAGUACCGGCCCGUGUGCCCGGGGCCGCGGGGAGGAGCGGCGGCGGUACCGGCCCGAGCGCCCACAGCCGCGGGGAGGAGCGGCGGUACCGGCCCGUGUGCCCGGGGCCGCGGGGAGGAGCGGCGGUACCGGCCCGAGUGCCCACGGCCGCGGGGAGGAGCGGCGGUACCGGCCCGAGUGCCCACGGCCGCGGGGAGGAGCGGCGGCGGUACCGGCCCGAGCGCCCACAGCCGCGGGGAGGAGCGGCAGUACCGGCCCGUGUGCCCGGGGCCGCGGGGAGGAGGGGCGGCGGUACCGGCCCGUGUGCCCGGGGCCGCGGGGAGGAGGGGCGGCGGUACCGGCCCGAGUGCCCACGGCCGCGGGGAGGAGCGGCGGUACCGGCCCGAGUGCCCACGGCCGCGGGGAGGAGCGGCGGUACCGGCCCAUGUGCCCGUGUGCCCGGGGCCGCGGGGAGGAGCGGCGGGGCGGGGCGGGGCGGGCGCGGGGCCGCGCUGCCGGUGCCGCACUACAGGUCCCGGCGCUCCCCUCGGCGGGGCGGGCUCGGCGCGGCGGAAGCGGCGGCGCGGCGCGGAGCGACGGGGGACCUGGCGCGGCCACGGGCACGGUGGCACCAUGCAGCAGGAGGCCGAGGGCAGCCGGGUGCGCCGCAGGAAGCCCGACAUGGCGCUCUACGUGCCCAAAGCGCGGCGGGAGCGAGAGGCGCGAGCGGCAGGGGACGCGCGGGGGGCCGGGCACCGCCGCGAGCCCCAGAACCACCGGCUGCUGCAGGACCCGGCCGGCGGCGAGGGGCACAGGCCGAGCCCCCGAGCCAGGACACAGGCAGGCAGGGCGGCGAGGAAGGAGAGCAAGGUGGAUGCCGGCCCAAAGGAGCUGCGGGCAGCCUCUGCCAGGCACAGCCAUAGGACGAGAGGCAGCUGCCCUGUUGCACUGGAAAGCCUGGAGGCGUCACCCAGCAUGCGUGAACCAUGCCCAGAUCCAGCUGUUGCUCAGCACAGGGACAGGCAGGACAAAGCAUCUCACGAGGAACCUGCAGAGCUCAGCCACAACCACAGGGUGAUAAGGACUGAGCCUGACCCUCCAUCCACACUGAAUGCCCAGGCUGAGGCUGUGAAGGCUCCCCCUGAGCCUGGGGAUGACCCCGCUAGCCCAACACCCGCUGCUAGCCCAACGCUGGUUUGUCAGACAGGCCUGAGUAGCGUGUCGGAGCACUUGGGGGACAGCACCCCAGAUCCAGCUGAGAACCUCUCCCAAAGCCUGGGAGAAGCUGUCCUGCAGUCAGCAGGGGUGGGCAGCCAUGGCAGGGUGCCCCAGGUGGUGGGGGAGACAGUGGGUCCGAAAGCCUGCGAGGGGGAGAGGGAGGGGGAGAGGGAGGAGGGGAGGGAUGAGCAGAGGUCUCUCCUGGCAGAGCAGAGCGAGGGUUGUGCCACUGGGGUGCCAGAGGCAGAGGAGACGUGGGGAGGCAGAGCUGAGGUUCCUGGGGAGAGCACCUUGCAUGCACCAGGAGCCAGCUGUGAGCCUGUGUUCCUGGGGGGCAGCAUGGGCGAUGUUCCAGUGCUCCCAGCGGGGAGCACCCCACAGCAGGGCAUGGGCAGCCCAUCCCAGCCUGCCAUGGAGGAGAGCACUGCUGGUGCUGGGGGUCCCAGAGGGGAGGGUGACCGGGUGCCUGCUGUAGUGGAAGCAGGCAGCACUUAUGCCUGCCCAGAUAGCAGUGCUGGAUCUGAGAGCAGCCCCCCGUGGGAGGGAGCACCUCUGGAAAGCUGUGAGCCUCCAGUGCCCCUAGAGCAGCUGUGCCAUGGCAUGGAGAGGAUCUCACCUGCGUCCUGGGCCAAGGAGCUGGCAAAGCCAGAUGAGGAUGUGGGCUCACUGCAGAAGCACCAGGAGGCUGAGAAAGAAGAGAGAGGUCUCCACAGCAGCUCCCCUACGGAAGGACAGAGCAGUGCCAGUGCUGAAACCCUGAGCCAGACCAGCCCAGGUGCUGAGGAGAGCUGGGAUGUGCUGUUCAACGAUGAUGGGGACUGCCUGGACCCACGGCUGCUGGAGGAGCUCUCAGGGGGUGAGAAGCGCCAGGAGAGCCAGCAGUCACCCCGCUUCAACUACUAUCGGGCGGAACCUGCUGCUCCAGACAUCAGCGAUGACGAGCUGCCCCACGUCAUCGAGAUCUACGACUUCCCCGCGGAUUUCCGCACCGAGGAUCUCAUGCGUGUCUUCUGCAGCUAUCAGAAAAAAGGCUUUGAUAUUAAAUGGGUGGAUGAUACGCACGCCCUGGGCGUCUUCUCCAGCCCCAUAACAGCACGCGAUGCCCUCAGCACCAAGCACCUGAUGGUGAAGACGCGCCCACUGUCCCAGGGCACCCGCGCCUCUAAAGCCAAAGCCAGGGCAUUUGCUGAGUACCUGCAGCCAGCCAAGGAGCGCCCUGAAACAUCAGCUGUCCUGGCCCGGCGGCUGGUGAUUGGUGCCCUGGGGGUACGGAGCAAGCAGACACCAGCCCAGCGAGAUGCAGAGCGGAGGAAGCUGCAAGAGGCUCAAGAGAGGAAGCGCCUGGAGAACAAGCAGCGGGAGGAUGCCUGGGAGGGCCGGGACUGAGCCAGGAGGCUGCACUUUGAGCCCAUGUCCCUCUCUGCAGGCGGGCAGAGCACUCUGCGUCUCAGAGCUGGGACACGUUCUGCACUGUGUCCAAAAGCACUGGGCUGCUUCACCGAGAGGGCUGAGCAGCGUGAGGGCUGGUUGGUGCUGUGGGGAUGCUGUUGCUGUCAGGCAGCACUGCCCACCCUGCCCAGGGCAGAACCCCCGAGGCUGCCAGCCACAGCAGGAGCAGCAGCAGGAUGCAGGGAGCUCAGCAGAGAGCAUGGGGGGCUGUGUGGGGUGGCCCUGGCCACCUGGAAGGGCCUUGUGAUUGAGAGUUUCUGUCCUUUAUUUUGCUAAUAAAUGCCAUUUAUUUUA